AUGGAAGUUCACGAGGAGAGGAAAAAUGUCCCCGUAAUUAUUAUGGACCCAGGAACAUGGAAAAUAAAGAUUGGGUUCGCUACGGAUGAUUUGCCCACUUUUGAGAUGCCUUGCAUAUACAUAGAAAAAGAAAUGACGAAGUCAAAAAUAGUAAAAUUUGGCUAUGAUGCCAUAGAGGAGCAUACAUUAAUAAAAUAUGGACAUAACAAAUAUAAUAUAGCCCAAAAUGGCGAAUCCACUAAAGAUGAGGAAUUAGUGAAUGCCAAUACUGUAUUUGCAGAUCCUCGGCACCCCUUGAGCAAUAACCAAUAUCCCCAUUUACUGGAGGUGUAUAACCACCUUAUAAAGAAAUUAAAUAUUAACACUUGUGAUUACAAUUUGUUGGUGAUCAUUCCCGAGAUGGUUGAAAAAUUAUAUGCAACAAACUUGCUAAAUUGGGCUUUUAAAAUUCAUGAUUUUUGUUCGAUAUCUUUUAUCUAUAACUCACUCGCGGCAUCUUACUAUUAUGGAUUAAGAACAGCUCUCGUCGUUGAUUUGGGUGAAAGUGCUAGCAGAAUUGUUCCUGUUGCUGAAAAUAAUGGAACAUUCUUGGAGUUUGCAAAAAUAAGCGAAAUAAAUGGAUAUUUAAUAAGCAACUAUAUUUCAAACUUUGUGAAAAUUAAUGACAACUAUAUUGAUUAUAUAUUAAUACAGGAUUAUAAAGAAUCAAAUAGUUAUGUAAGUCUAGAUAUAGAUAAUAAUAUAAAAAUUUUGACUGAAUGUAAUGGUAUAAUAAAGCCAUAUAAAAUACCAUAUAAUAAUAAUAUAUAUAUAGAUCCAAAAGGAGAAAUAUUAAGUCAUGAAAUAUAUUUUAAGCCUGAAUUUUUAGCCCAUUUGCCAGGAAAUUUUUAUAAACAAAAUAUAAUUUCUUUGAGUCAAUUAAUAUUUGAAGCUGUUUCUUCAUGUCCAAUUGAUUUAAGAAAAGUGCUACUCAAUAAUAUCAUAUUAGUUGGCGGUGUUUCUAAUUGCAUAAACAUGCCCGAUAGAUUGCAUAAAGAGCUAAAUAAAAUCUUACGAAUUAAAAAUUUUAGUGAAAAUACUAAAAUAUCCAUAAAGCAUAUUCGCAUGGUAGAUAUUGCAUCUUAUUUAGGAGGCAAGAAAUAUGCAAAAAUAAUUUAUUCUAAUCAAAAAAAAUGGAUAACCAAAAACGAAUAUUUUGCCAAUCCAACAAACGAGAUACUACAGAAACUUUUUAUAUGGGCAAAUAUUCUCUAA